CUUCCCAGCUUCCUUUGCGCGGCACCUGGCCACAAAAUGGCGGCCCGAGGGAGACGGGCGGAGCCUACGGGCCGGGAGCCGUCGGGCCCCGCGGGCGGCAGUGCCGGCGGAGGCGGCGGGAGCCGGUGGCCCGGGCCGGGCGGCGCCGGGGCCGAGUCCGGGGCGGGCUCGGGAGCCGGGGAGGAGGAGGAGGACGCGGCGGCGGCGUCGGGCCCGGCCUCGGGGGGCGUGAACCUGUUCGCCAACGACGGCAGCUUCCUAGAGCUGUUCAAGCGGAAGAUGGAGGAGGAGGAGGAGCGGCGGCGGCAGCGGCAGCAGCAGCAGAGCCCAGACGAGCCGCCCGCGCCCCCGGGGGCCGCCGCCGCCCCUGCCGCCGCCCCUGCCGGCGGCGGCGGAGAGCCGAAGAGGAGGAGCGGGCCCGGCCCGGCGGCGCUCAGCUUCGUGGGCAAGCGGAGAGGCGGGAACAAGCUAGCCCUCAAGACAGGAAUAGUAGCCAAGAAGCAGAAGACGGAGGAUGAGGUUAUGACAAGUAAAGGAGACGCUUGGGCCAAGUACAUGGCGGAAGUGAAAAAAUACAAGGCCCAUCAGUGCAGUGAUGAUGACAAAACCCGGCCCCUGGUGAAAUAACUCUUUCCGCCAAGGACUUUCUGCAUUGUACAUACUUAUUUAACGCAGCAAAAGAACAAUAGCAUUUUCACCAAGGACUCCAAACAGAAGACAAACUUGUAGCUUUCUGGCGCCAGCGGAUGAUUCUUCAAGACUUUUUAUACCUUGAGCACUUCUGAGACUUAUUAGUAUGUGGUUUAUUGUUUCAACCUUUUUCCUCUAUCACUCUCUUCUCCACACCUUCACACCCCCCCCCCCCCUUUCUUCCCCAUCACUUCUGGGAAGUAAAGAACUCAACUAAAUAGUUGGAGGAUUUUUGUUUCUUAAUUUUUUUUAAAUUUUUAUUAAAAAGACAGGUUAGGAAAUUGAGAAUGACUUCGCCCUGAGUUGUACCCAGGGCCUGUGUUGGUGCUGCCAUCUUUUCUAGGGGCCCCUCUGGUUUGGUAGACUCCUGUGGUAUCUUUUGGGAAACCAUCUCUGUCUCCUGGCUUGUCAGAAACACCCACCCUUUCCCCCCUUUCUGGAGAUGGGGCUAGUGGGUUUUUCUGGGGCUCUUAGCAGCCUGGCUCUUGUUUCACUCUGUAAUAUAGGACUGUGGUGGUUUGGGUGGGACAGCAGGUGGCACUGGACAUUGGAGUUCAGUGGAGUUUGACAUUGUUCACUUUUUCUCUAGAUUGACUUCUUUCCUCUGCCCAGGUACCCUUGUGACAUUUAUUCUCUGCCCCAUGUCUUUUGCUUCUCUCCCCCCAGAAGUCUUUACCCCCUUCUCCAGGGUCCCUUUGAAUCCUUAUGACCUUCAAAGGGAGUUCCAACAUCAGAGGCUUCUAUUGUAACUGGUUGGCCUGCUGUGAGGCCAGUGUCUGUGCCAACCCCCUCACCUUCAGGCCACACAUGACUUUUCUAAAAUUUAUUUUUAAAAAUAACUUGGGUGUCCACAUACGCUAAAAUCCAAGUGUCUAUAUUUGUUUACCUUUGCCCCCCUGGCCCACUCCAAAACAUAAACCUAUGGCUUUGCCCCAUUGCAUCCCCUUCAUAAGUGUGUUUUUUGAGUAUGUAUUUUCCUCUGAAGGCCUCGGUCUAAGGCCAUGCUUCAGGGACACCUCAAAUUUUACUUUUUGAUUUUUGCCUUUAAUGUAACUAUCCCCUUCAGCCUGUGUUUAGGUACCUGGGGAACUGUGGUGGAGCAAGUGUUUCCUGUGUGUUGUGUUGGGAAAAUGUUGAAGGGACAAUUCCUUUGACCCAGUGUGUGUUGUGUCUCUUGCCCUUUGGCUAGGGAAAGUGAACCUGACUGGGGAGUGAAGACUGUCCCUUGCCUCUGAAUGAUGUUCUGUCUGAUCCCAGUUUGAUGUCCUAGGUAGCUUUGGGGCAAGUUUCACCCCCUAAGGCUGGUUGGGGCUUUUGCUCCUUGUGCUUUCCUUUUUCUUCCUAAAAGGUCCCUCCCCCCAGCCCCACCCCACCACACCCCCAGUAGCAUGGAUGGUGCUUGUCCCUGGACAGUGAGGUAAUGCUUCAGGAUACAGGAGGGGUGGUUGGGGUGUAGUGUAGGGGUAUCCUUCCUGCUCUCCUGUGGUGCUGCUCUGCUUGUCUGAACUUAGAGUAGCCACUGGUCAUUUUUCUUCCUUCUGGCUCCCUUUUUCUACCCCCACACAUGUCCCUUUGUGUGGCCCCUUUACCUUUCCCCAAGGAAUUAAUGUUUAAAAAUGCUGACUUUAAAUGAAAAUAAAAAAGUGAUCUAA